AUGUAGUUUUUGCUCAAGGGUACGUCACUGUAGAUCUUGGUUAUGUAGAAUCCAGUCUGGAAAUGAACGGAAACAGAAACGGCGAGUUUCACACGUCGAAAAAACACAUGAGAUUAUAUUAAUAGUAAUAACAUUGUUUGUGUGUUUGUACGUGUGCGUGCGUGCGCGCGCGCGUGUUUCCUUGUGACAAUGUCUUUGCAGAGGUUUGCUGUAGCGCCCUCACGCGGCGCUACUCACAUUUCCGUGACGUCAAUUCAGCACUGGGAAAGAGACAGCUCCUUCCCCCAAAAAGCCCAGCGAGCUUCACGUUGCAUGGGGGCCCGGGCAUCGAUGAGAGGAAUCGGCCGCUGGGAUCUGUCCCAGUAAGGUGAAAGCUGGUGGAUGUAGCGAGUGGAGGACGGAAGGAGGCAGGAGGUGAAGAGCGAGAGGAGUGCAGCGAUUGUCUCCGCGAUCAUCGCAGACAAACAGAAAGCUGAGCCCGACCCUUCACUUGACAACGCGGCAUCAUCCAGGCAGAAAGGUCUACUUGUCAUCUUCUCAUCCUUCAUCCACCCCAAACCUGCUGUGUUGGGGAAACCCCUGAUGAGUGGGACCUGUAUCCAUGAGCCCCACGCCCCUUCCCCCUCCCUGUCAGGCUUCAGCACCCCCAUCUCAGAAACCCCCUAUCGAAGACUCGAUGGAGACACCCCCGCCUGCACACCCGAAACGGACCUGACCCCCACACAGUGCGUCCUGCGCAACGUGCUAUCCAUCGACACCGGUGGACCGGGAGCGCCCGCUGGAGGCAGCCCCACCCCCAGCGAUGGACCCACAGCCCACUUUGACAACAGCGUGCUAAAGCUGCAUGAACAUGAGGCGUGUCAGUGUGGGGGCGGGGCCGAGGCCGGGCACAGCCCCGAGGCCGGAGCGGUCCGGGGCCAGUCGGAGAACAUCCGGCUACAAUCGGGAAGUGGAGGAUUUUUGGAGGGACUGUUUGGCUGCUUGAAACCGGUUUGGACCAUGAUCGGAAAGGCCUACUCCACGGAACACAAGCAUAGCCAAGAAGAAUCCUGGGAGGUUCCGUUUGAGGAAAUCUCAGACCUACAGUGGGUGGGCAGCGGGGCUCAGGGAGCCGUCUUCCUCGGAAAGUUCCACGGUGAAGAGGUGGCUGUGAAGAAAGUGCGUGACAUCAAAGAGACGGAGAUCAAACACCUUCGCAAACUCAAGCAUCCCAACAUCAUCACUUUCAAGGGUGUGUGUACCCAGGCUCCUUGUUACUGUAUCUUGAUGGAAUACUGCGCCCAAGGCCAACUGUACGAGGUGCUGAGGGCGGGCCGGAAAAUCACUCCCUCCCUCCUGGUGGACUGGUCCAUGGGCAUUGCAGGAGGCAUGAACUACCUUCACCUUCACAAAAUCAUACACCGAGACCUCAAGUCCCCGAACAUGUUGAUCACACACGACGACCUGGUGAAGAUCUCUGAUUUCGGCACCUCCAAGGAGCUCAGCGACAAGAGCACUAAAAUGUCAUUUGCCGGCACCGUGGCCUGGAUGGCUCCUGAGGUGAUCCGGAACGAGCCGGUUUCAGAGAAAGUGGACAUCUGGUCCUUUGGCGUGGUGCUCUGGGAGAUGCUAACUGGGGAGAUCCCUUACAGAGACGUGGACUCGUCAGCCAUUAUCUGGGGUGUGGGGAACAACAGUCUGCAGCUGCCCAUACCAGAGAGCUGUCCUGACGGCUUCAAGAUCCUCCUCAGACAGUGUUGGAAUUGCAAGCCUCGGAAUCGGCCGUCUUUCCGACAGAUCCUUCUUCAUCUGGACAUAGCAUCAGCUGAUGUCAUGUCCACUCCUCAAGAGACGUACUUCAAGUCUCAGGCCGAGUGGCGAGAAGAAGUCAAACAGCACUUUGAGAAGAUCAAAUCCGAGGGGACCUGUAUCCACCGACUGGACGAGGAACUCAUCAACCGACGCAGGGAGGAGCUGAGGUGGGCAUGCUUUUUGGACAUCCGUGAGCAUUACGAGAGGAAACUGGAGAGAGCCAACAACCUGUACAUGGAGCUCAGCGCUGUCAUGCUGCAGCUGGAGCUCAAAGAGAAAGAGCUGCAGAGGAGAGAACAGUCUUUGGAUAAGAAGUACCCGGGUUUGUUCAAGCACCACAGCUCCAGACAGAGCAGCUCCUCCAACACCGUGGACAAACUCAUCAAGAAGAGAAACGUCCCACAGAAAUUGCCGUCAGGAAAAAGGCCAGACAUUCUCAAGUCUGAGGUAAUCAUUCCAAAAAUGGAUCCCUCUGUAAUGCAAGUCACCAUCCCAGGCUGCCCCAACAAAAGCUCCACUUCACCUAACCGGUCCCGCAGGGUAAAGACCCGCCACCGCAAGCCUGGGAAGGGCAGCAGUGGGGAUUUGGCUGGACUUAAGGCAAAUCAGUCCUCGUCUAACAGGGACGCCACUGCCCAGGCCAACAGCUCCAACACCAACACCUCCAGGCAGCAUCUGGAGCCCUCUGCCGCUCUGCGGGGCCUCAGCCACGAGCAGCAGCAACGGCAGCUCUCCUCCUCUAGCCCUGACCUCAUCUGCACCACGCUGGAGGCAGAGGCCCAGGGAAAAAGAGAGACAUUGGUGGGUGGCCUGGAGAGAGGGGGGAGCCUCAGCGCCUCCGCAGGCUUAGGGGGCGCCGAGGUGGGUGCAGCCGGCCUGGAUGACCUCACAGAAACUCCUCCCCGCAGUGACACACCCAGUGAGGACGCUGCUUCGUUUCCAUUUUCCAGCAGCCCAGACUCUCCGUGCGGAAAGGGAGCGGCGGGAGGACGUGGAUCCCUGGGAUCUCCACGUCUGCCACACGAUGGCGACGACAAAGAGGAAGGAGCCGGGGCUGUCAGGUUGCCCCGUGGGGCAUCAGGGGGAAUUGGGAGUCAGCACCUUACACCUUCAGCUAUUUUAUACAGGGCAGCUAUCACACGUAAACAGAGGCGUGGAGUGUCAUCAGAGGAGGAGGAGGGCGAAGUCGACAGUGAGGUGGAGUUACCAAGGAGACGAAGACCGACCAGCAUCACCAAGUGCCAGUCUGUGUCUACGUUCAGCUCCGAGAACCUGUCGGUGUCAGACGGCGAGGAGGGCCACACCACGGACCACUCUCACAGCGGGACUCCAGACGUGGUCAGCACCAAUACUGACGACAGGUUAGACGAUCGCAGCGACGACCUCCUGUCUCAAGGCUCCGAGAUCCCAGCAGACAACACAGACCCCGCACAGGCCUCUGACGGUCUGUCAGAGAGAGAAGGAGCCCUGGGGCAGGCAAAGGCCCAGGUGGAGCCUGGACAGAACCCUAAUGAGAGUCGAGCCCUGUGUGACGACUCUGACUGCGACAGCGCCGAGUUGGACCAGUCUGGGAGCGGAGAGCCCAGCCGCCCCCCCAGUGCUGGAGCAUGGGCCCCCCCAUCACAGUCCUCUCACGGCUCUCCUCAUAUAGGACCUGCGUAGAUCGGCGGACAUCAAGAAAGACAUCAUGUGACCCAACAGUAACAGUCCCCACUGACACACCAACCUGUCGGUGCGGUACAUUACUGUCGUCACCACAGAUCACUCCAACUGCACCCCUCAGACUACGAUCCUUCGGUAUCUCCUACGUUUGUCGGCCGGCAGACCUACAUCAGACGACAUAGGGCAUUUGUCAUAACCUGGCAUCCGAUAUUUGGGCAGCUUCUGACAUCCAGUCGAUGUCAUUUCCGUUCUGUAGGGUUGUUUUUAGGCAAAAUGGCUACAGUGGCGACCUCGGCCACUGCUGCGGGUCAGCAAAAACUGUCACAGACGCACACACCAGAAGAUACCACACCUGUAGUCCUUUAAACACUCUAACCCUCACUCUGGGAGGAGCCUCCUCACCGGUACUCCUCACACACUAAUGCAUCGAAAUACUAAUAAAUAUUAGUGUAAAUACUCAUUACAUGCCACAUGAGAAAUAUCUAACUUUAUUUUAUUUGUAAGAUAAAAUGUAAGACUAAACAAUAUGCAGCCCUGUGAACAAUGCAUGACUACAUGUCUAUAAUUUAUAGUUUGGAUGUGUCCGUUUUAUAUUUUGUGAAGGUUUACACUUUUUUAAUCUUGAAAGUAUUACCUGAGUUAUUUUCAUUUUGUUAAUAAAUGUCAACACUCCAGAAAAAAAAUGUUUAAAAAAAAAAGGUUAAAAAAUGGAAUGAAAAUCUCACCAGAACAUGAUGCAUUAUUAGGGUUCUUAAUAGGUGAUAUAUUUUUUUUAACCUCCUACCAUUGGGUUUCACAUACACGUUAGAACACGAUGAGGUUUUUAUUAAGCUGAUCUGGUUAUUGACAGAGACUAACGAGGCGAUAUUUAGGGACGUAAACGCCACGGUUCCAUUCGUUUAUCGAUGUUAAUAUCAUGGUUUGGUACAUUUUUUGGUAACCAAAGAAAUGAAGGGAGACAUAAAUAAGUUUUGUUUUUUAUUAACAAAUGGCGAAAUGGCAAAUACUGAGGUUCUCGAACAAAAACAAAACACUCUGCUAACUAACAUAAAGUUGCUGAAAGUAGCGGGAAGACUUACGCGAGCUGCGAUUGGUCCAGUCAUAAUUGUGUUCCGGCGGGGGACUAUAUUGACUUUUGUUCCGCUCUGCAUUUCCACUGUACGAAGCCCCGCCUAAAGGUGGAGGAAGGAAGGAAAAAACAAAUAAAUAAAUGUUUGCUCACAUGUUAGUUUCAGGUGAGCACCAGAAAACGUUUAUUUUCCUCCCAUGUUGACCGAAUUUGUUCGAAAAGUACCCGUGUAUCUGUAGCGAACGGUCCGCUGUGAACACACGUAGGCCCAUGUUAAAAUGUCGAUAGACAAGACUUUCACCCUGGUUAAAUGACGAAUCUAAGCCCAAAACCACUUGUACGGUAAUUGUAGAAAAUUCUAGAAUGUUACAAUACCUCGGAGAUUGGCCCGUUGUUACAUCAACCCCUGUAAAAAAUGCUUUCGAAUAGAACGUCACUCCCUCCGUGAAUGUCCACCCAACCACAGGUCUGGUACUAGACUGUUAGUUUUAUAUGGGUGCACGGACUGGACUGUACUGCUGUCAGCUGAUGUCUGUGAAAUACAUUUUUAAAGUGUGUUGUUCGUGGAAACAACUCCAAUUUGGCCGCAGCUGCUUUUGUAUAUCAGGAAUCUCACUUUGCACUGAGUCACUUCCGGAUUACUUUGGUCCGUCUUUGGUUAAAACCCGGUGCUCGCGUCACAGUUCCACAUGUUCCGCCGCAGGAACCACUCAUUGAGCUGUAUUUGAAAUCCCCCCCAAAUAGAUGUUGACGUGUCACACAAAAGGACGCCCUCUACAGUGAGUCGCGGGCGGUGCUGAGGGGCUUCAUAAAAACCUCACCUGUAACUUUGACCCUUUAAUAGACCCUAGACCUGCAGGAGUAGCCGGGUAAGGAAUAGUGCACUUCUUUGUGGUGGUUACUAGUGCAACAGUAAGUAUCCUUUGGGUUUGAAUAGAAAUGUUUUGUUUUUAUACAGCAUUGCACAUUGUACUUGUAAGAUAGGAGUUAUAUCGAAAGUAAAAUAUUAUGAGCAACAAUAAAUAAUGUAUUGGUUUAAAAAAAAGAAAAAAAAAGAAAUCCAACUGAAGAUGUUUGUUUAAGACGACGGGCCACGUUAGAGCUGCGGUUUGUGCUGUUGCCGUGUCACGUGAUCAGACAGCUGAAUGAGAAAUAAAUGACUAUUUUCAAUGACUUUAAGCAUGUUCAAA